AGUGCAGGUCGGACCAGAACAAUACAAGUGGGAUGCCAAUUCGAAAUGGGGCCAGAAUAGCAGAGGCAGCCUGUUAGUUGAGCAACGAGCUUUCGAGUUAGGCCUGUCAAAGUCAAAGCACCGUUGUGAACCAUCUCAGUUCUCGUUUUUUUACGUGCGCGUCAUUUUCACUAUUUCGUUUGUUAUAUUAUCAUAAUACUCUAUUUAUUUAUUUAUUUUUUCCUUUUAAUUGUUUCGUGCUCCUAGAAAGUUAUUUAUCAAAUAUUUAUUGAGAAAAGUUUUCUCUCCUCCUUGCUCUCUCUUUCUUUCUUUCUUUCUUUUUCUCUUUUAUUGUGUUUGUUAUUACGUUACAUCGUGGACCAAAGGAUUAGAGCAUGACGAGAAAGCAAACUUUGAUCAUAAAACUUAAAAGAUCCAGUACUGGUAGACCUUGGGGAAUAAGAAUUGCUGGUGGAGCUGAUUUGGGUUCACCUAUUGUUGUCACUCGCUCGGAGAACGAGGAGCUCCAGAGGGGUGACGUGAUAAAAAAAAUCGACGAUUACGACACACGUGAUGUGAGGCAUGUAGACGCCCAAAAUCUUCUACAAAAGUCUGAAAGAAUAAAGCUCGUCGUGGAAAGGUCCGAACAUUCUAGAGCAUCUCGUAUCGACACUCCUACAACAUCGCCUAUGAUUAUCGGCUCGAUCAUUGGCGGCAGGGCUGCGGUUACUAGUCUAGCUAAACCAGCUAAAAUACCAGGGGAAUUACCAAAAAGUCCGGUACCACCGCCAUCAUUCGAAGAAUAUAUACCAUCUCCAAUUCCGUCGGAUCGUUUCCAACCAGCACACGAACAUCUCGAUGAAGUCCGCGAGGAACGAGUUUAUUUAUCACAGCCAUACCGUACAACUCCUUUAGUCUUACCAGGUGCCAAGGUUAAAAAGGAUGCACCCUUGGGAGAAUGCUACCUUCGUCAUCAUCCCAAUCCUAUGAUUCGUGCUGCACCACAUCAUUACGAACCAGCUCAUCCUGAAGUAGCUAUGAAACAAAAAGUGGCGGAAACGGUACUUCAACGUGUUUUGGGACCGAAUGAAGUUCCAAAGGUUGUCCAUAAACAAUUCAAUUCUCCGAUUGGACUUUACUCCGAACAAAAUAUUGCAGAUACUAUCAAAUGUCAGGCAUCGGCCAUACCAACGCCUUACAUCAAAAGCAAUCUGAAUGGAAAUGCAAAUGUGAAUGGAAAAGCAGGUCCAAAGAUGUCAGUAAAAUACGAUCCGAGCAAGAGUGAAGCUUACAAGGCCCUACAAGAAGAAGCUCUCGGUGAUACGGUCCAAGAGGUUAGGCAGCCGGCACGUACCGGUGUUUUUUCCCCACAAAAAGCCAAUUAUAAUAGGAUUCCCCAUGCACGACCAAAGAGCCCUGCUGCAUCAUACGGUGGAAAUUAUAGACGUCCCUUCCCCCUUCCUUUCAUUAAGGAUCGCAUCAACGACUAUUAAAUUUUUUCAUCGAAUUGUGAACGUUCUUGACGAUGACGGUGAAAAAAUACAUCAAAGCAACAGCUUCAAGAGGAUUAUGUACAGUGUCCUGGGACAAACAGAUUAUUGAAAUAGUUCCUGAACUGACACUAUAUUUUAUUUAUGUUAAUUGAAUAUACAUAUAUAUAUAUAUAUAUAUAUAUAUAUAUAUAUAUAUAUAUAUAUAUAUAUAUAUAUAUAAUACAUGAUAUAUAAAUUUUAUUUAUUGUACUGUGCAAUAAACAAAUGGCCAAAAAAAAACAUUGAAUAUAAAAAGUAA